GAUAUGACGACGCGCAGUAGCGCGACCGCGAUCCGUGCGCGGCGCGGUCAUAAGGAACGAUCGAAGAACUUCACCGAGCUUGAGAAGAGGACAGUGCUCGAGCUGAUCGCACGCCACCGGGACGUGUUGCGGCAGGGGCGCUCUAACAACGCGACCAACCGCAGCAAGCAGCUAGUGUGGUCGACGAUCUGCGAGGAGGUGAACAAGCGCUGCGGCGGCGACCGGCCGCGCACGCCCGCGCAGGUCAAGAUGUGGUACGAGAACUACAAGAAGAAGUGCAAGAUGCGCGCCCACGACACACAGCCACCACCAGCAGAAGCGCCGAACCUACUCGAUGGCAUGCUCUGGCAAACUAUUCACCCCCUAGAUGUCAAAGAUGAGGAGGGAGAAGCAACAACAAGCGCAGAGGGCGCUCACAGCGUUAAAGACGAUGACUGUGUGCCUGUUAACAUGUCAAACGGCCGCCUAUCAACGAACGACAGCGACGAUACGAUGCCAAACGUACUCGAACCCCAGGUCCAAAUCAUCCCCCAAUCCUCCCCCACCCCGCCCCCCGUCAAAACCCUCCCCAACCCCCAAAUCAACCCACUAACACUCAGCUCCCACCUCCCCAUAAUAACGAACCCCCUGCAAGCGAUCGAACAAGCGAGAUUACAUCAAAAUUUCCUUCAAAAGCUCAACGAACUAUCGAAUACGCCGUUAAAUUUAAGUCAUUUGGAUGACGAAAAUAGAAAAAAUGGUCACGAAAGACAGGAAAACUCAGAUGACCAAAUUAAACAUGAUUGCGGGUCCGCGACUGAGGAAGAGAGAUCAUAUUUCAUAGCGAAGAGACAGCACGCUAUAUGGGAACACGAAGCUAAAAUGAAAAUACUAAAUAUGGAGUUACGGCAGAAGGAAGAAAUAUUUUCAUUGCAAAAGCAACUCUUUCUGAUCGAGUUGAGGUUGAAAAUGGAUUUCUUGGAGAAAGCGAGCGCGAAAUGAGCCUAUCUCGCCCAUUUAAGCGGUAAAGAAAGAGAUGAAUCCCUAUUGGGAUGUAAAUGUAUAGUUAAGAACGCCAUAGUCCAUACAGUGCCAUCGUAAUUUAAUUAUUUUUUUCAUAUAUUUUACUGCCCGAUAUUAUUUUUUUAAACGGUAAAAAAAAUUGGGCAAUUUCAUUAUGAAUGAAAGUAUAGAUUAUAAAAGGCAUUUUUGGUGCGUUUUUUUUUUAAUCGAUUUUGGCAGCUUUUUUUUUUAAAUUUUGUACCAAACUUGGGCUUCGAUAUGUGAUGUUUAAAAAUAGGGAUACUUUAUUUUAGUAAUCUUUAUUGCGCAUAGUUUAUAUUGUAUAUUUUUUUUUUAGUUUUAUUUUUGUGCAUAUAAUGUGCUUAAAGUUUUAUUAGCCGCGUGUGUAUGCGGAUUUAUUUUUUAUAGUAUUAUAUUUUUUCAAGAUGGCAGCUAAAUAAUCAUGCAAAACGAAAAUAACUGCCAAAUAUAUAGGAUUUUGCAUAAUUGUUAUUUUUUAACGUUAAUAGGUACUUAGUGUCCCGUAUGGGGCAUUCUUUUUUUUCACCUUAGUCUAGCGUCCCCUUUUGGGGGUCAAAUUUGACAAAUAGUGUCGAUUCUUUGGCGAAGCGUAUUAAGUGAAAAUCCUAGUCUAGUAUAUUUUUUUUUUAAUUUUAAUUUUUAUGAAGUAGUUAUUAAGUUAUUAAAUAACGCACACGUAAAUAUUAAUAACCGUUCGAUCAAAUGUGUUUGAUUUAUAUAUCUAUAGAUAUAAAUGUUCGUAACACGCACGGAUCGAUUUUGAUGAGGUUUAAUAUAUUGUCGUCAAUAAAAAAAGAUAGUUAACUACUUCAUAAAAGUUUUCAAAGUCAUCGACGUGCCAAUAACGAGUACCAUUGUUAUGUAAUUAUUAUAUAUAGUUAUUACAUUUAUAAGAUAUAGAUAAAAUAUAAAAAAAAUACGUAAUGGUAGACAAUUACUACGGAAAAAUAUAAUUCGGUACAGUAUGAUAUUAAUGUUUCAUGUAAUUUAUAAUCUAGGAAUUGAAAUAAUGAGCAGUACAAAAAGUGUUGUUAGUAAAAAAAUAAAUAAAUAAAUAAAUAAUACCUCAUUCAGACAGUGUAUUGUACAUAAAUAGAUAUAGUUGUAAAGAUUUAGAAAACUUUUAUAUGGGACUUACACCCUCUUUUGUUCUCCGUAAAAGAUUGCCAGUUUGAAAAAAUGAAAUUUUCUUCGCUGGCAACACAUGUGGUUUAUAACAACAAUUUUUACAAUGUGAUGUAUUUAAUAAGAUCUCAGCGCGGAUAUAAAAUAAAGGAUAUUUUAUCAUUAAAUAAAAUGGACAACAAAUAAUUAUGAGUAUUGUAAUGUUUCGUAUUAAUUUUUAUUUUAAAAACACUAUUAAGUUAAUCUGAUUAAAUUGGAUAUUAUUGAUAUUGAA